UGCUAGUUUUUAGGUUUAAAAAUGGUCAGAACAAUUGGCACCACGUGUCAUUUGUUUUGUUCAGUACAUCCACCGAGACCACAAAUAUAUCACCUAUGAUUUUUGAGAUGAUGCGAGAUGCACAUCAAGCGAGAUGCACAUCAAGUAGGUGUGAAAGAGGAAGUACAGGCUGGUGGGCUGAACCAGCCCAUAAGAAAUGAAUUAUUAGCAACACAUUUACACAUAGGGGUCCUUCAGUCUUCCCAACAUUGUUACUGGAGAAACAUCAUCAUGAUCAUCUUAAUACUUCUGCUGGGUACUUUGCUACCCCAUUUGACCCUAACAGGUUAUGCAAACGUAGGAAUAAUAAAUGGCACAAAGGCAAAAUCCAGACCCUACAUGGUUUCGGUUCAGAAAAAUGGGCAACACCACUGUGGUGGCUUUCUUGUGUCCAAACAGUUUGUCAUAACGGCAGCGCACUGCUUUGAAAAUGGAGACAAACUGACGGUUGUGGUUGGAGCUCAUGAUCUCAAACCCAAGUGUGACCGCAUAGCUGUGAAGUUUUACCACAUACAUCCUGGUUAUGACUCUGCAGAGCUGCUAAAUGACAUCAUGAUACUUCAGCUCACCGCAACGCCCAAAAAAAUAAAAAAUGUAAAAUCGAUCUCCAUCCCAAAAAAAGACAAGAACAUCAAGGCCAAUACCAAAUGCAGUGUUGCAGGCUGGGGUAAACAGAAGACCAACGGUUCUGUAAGUAAACAACUUAUGGAGGUUGACGUCAAAAUCAUUGACAGCAAAGAAUGUCAGAAGUAUUGGAAAGGAACAACCUCAAGAAUGGUGUGUGCAUUUGGCGAAGGAGGAUUUUGCCAGGGAGAUUCUGGAGGUCCUUUGGUGUGUGACGGCACUGCAGUCGGUGUCGUUUCAUUCAACGAGAAGAACAACUGCGACAAACCAACAAGGCCAAACGUCUACACCAGGAUUUCAAAAUUUUUGACAUGGAUAAAUGCUAUACUUGGAGGUGUAAAGCAAGAUUUUGAUUAUUAAAAUUCAUAAC